CCUUAUUCUACAUCGAGGUCCCGGACCAACGCUCCUCGUCUUAUAUCUCUAGCCUGGUGUUUGCACAUUGACUUUGUCUGCGGUACCUGCCCCACAGACAUAGCAUCUAUUGUGCCUGCUCGGACCAUCACUCCAUCACUCCUGGUGGCUAGCCCUCUUUGUGAUUCGAUUAUGUUGAAGCAGGCUACUGUACACAGAACUGUCCGUGGAAAAAAUGGUGGUAUUGAUAGCAGUGAAGCAACAUUUUCCAACUCCUUACCAUCAGCUUUCUUCUCCACCUGCUGGGAUGACCAAUACAGUCCAGAUUUCAGAGGUCAGUGUGAUCUGGACACAGGCAGUCUCGAAGACCUUGCGCCAGACCUCGACCAAUUGAAAUAG